AGUACAGAGUGAGAGCUCCUCAUAGACAAACAGCGUGAGGACAAGCAAGGUCUCUGAGAAAAUGUCUCCGUUUAUAAAGUCACUGACAUUGUCAGGCAGGAGAAUAGUUGCAUCUUGUGUACGGCAUCACUCUCUUACAGCUGAACUGAUUGAAAACAUGGAUAAGAAAGCAACCUGGGACCGCUUCUAUACGGAGAGCAGCAGCGGGACAACCCCCUUCAAAAACUUUGAGUGGUUCUUCGGCUUUGAUGCAGUCAAAGACUUCAUUAUGCCCCUCUUGCAGAACAAGUCCCAACCACAUGGCCUAUUCCAAGUCCUGGAUAUGGGCUGUGGCACGUCUGCUUUAGGACCCUGCAUUUACAGACACUCUGCUCUCCCGGUGCAGGUCACUUGUGCUGACAUCUCCCCCAUAGCUGUGCGGCUAAUGCAGCAGCACGUCCAAGCCAAAGCCAUUCAACCUCACCAUCUUUCUUCUCAGCUUGAGUUUGUAGAGCUGGACUGCACGCAGCUUCACAAGCACUUUGGCGGUAGCAGUUUGGACCUCAUAGUUGAUAAGGGCACCACAGAUGCCUUGUUGAGGUCUAAGGAAGGGAGAGCAAAGGCCAGUGUGGUGCUGAAGCAGUGUCUGAAGGUGUUGCGGAGCUCUGGAUCUCUGCUCCAGUUCUCUGACGAGGACCCUGAUGCCAGGCUGCUGUGGCUGGAGACUGAGGGACAGGAGCCGGGGCUGAUGGCAGCAGAUGUUGGGGUGCAGGAGGUUGGGGAGCUAAGGGGAAUGACUUACUACUGCUACCAAGUGACUCCUCGCCCUGUCGUAUAGCCAAUAUUCAAUCUGGAUGGUCGGAAUAUGAAAUCAGUAAAUUAACGUUAUUCUUUUUCAA